AUGGCAGAGGAUCCUGAAGUACACAUCAACAUACCUUUGGUGGAGCUUUUGCAAGAAGUUGUAAAAUAUGCUAAGUAUAUCAAAGAUGUGGUGGCAAACAGAAUGCGUUGGAUAGAGUUUGAGAUCACAGUUGCACUUACCGAGAAAAGUUCUAGAGUAAGGAGUAAAAUUCCUCCAAAGUUGAAAGAUCCGGGCAGUUUCACGAUUUCAAUUACUAUUGACAACAUUGAAGUUGGGCUAGCAUUGUGUGAUUUGGGCUUGGGUGAGUCUAGACCAACUACUAUUACGUUGCAGCUGGCUGAUCGAUCUCUUGCUUAUCCUGAUGGUAUUAUUGAGGAUGUUCUUGUAAAGAUACGAUUUCAUUGGGUGGGCAGAAAAUUGCUUCUUGAUGUUGAUAAUCAGCGAUAUGGUUGUUGCUGUUGGGCUUUCGCCGCGACUGAAGCCAUAACUGUGGUUUAUGCUCGCAAGAACAAAAAAGUAAUACCCCUAUCAAAACAGCAACUACUUGAUUGCAUGUUCAAAUAUUAUAAAAUACCUUCUCGGUUUGCAAACUUGGGGAAGAAAGAGUGCUUCCCUUACUCCUGUACCAAGGCUUUCACGUUUGCCAUGCAUCCUGGCAUAGUUGAAGAAAGUAAAUAUCCAUUCAUGGAGGCAAGAGGCGAAUGUAAAUGUCCAUCCAACGUGGAGACUGUUAAGAUAAAGGGAUUCAAGAAUGUAUCGGAAUUGAACAUUAAGGAUCAGAAGCAACUAGAAGGGCUUAUAAAAACACAACCACUCACUUGUGCGGUUCCUCAUGUCUCUAGUCUUAGAGAACACCGUGGAGAGGAAAUAUAUAUGGGGCCCACGGAUGCUGAAGUUGAAGAAAUAAACAAACUCAAAGAUAGAGGAGAUAGAGCGGGGCUUCACGCGAUGCUGAUUGUUGGCUAUGGUGAAGAGAAUGGUGAGGAAUUUUACUUGGUGAAGAAUAGUUGGGGAAAGGAAUGGGGGUAUCGUGGGUUUGCAAAAAUCAAACGUAGUAUUGCUUCUAAGUUAUCUUUUCCUAUUAUAGAUAGAUUAUAG